CACACAAUACGCAAUCUCGGCAAAUCGAAAGGCAACUCUAUUACGAUCAACUCUACCAACAAGAUAAACACGCUACAACUCUGGCAGCGCUCUCUGGCUAAUAAAGAAAAGAUACAAAGGAAUUAACUAGAACAUUCUCUCUAUCCCACUCUAAUGACACACACACACACAAAAACGAACACGUACGCACCAUCUGUCUCCCACACACCCACAAAUUCGACCAACUGGACCAAUUAAAUGUUUAUGGAUACAACAACAAAAAGGAGGAAAGCAUACCAAUUAAACCAAAUCUAAAUAAAACAAUUUUCGUUUCCUGAGGCAAAAAGCAAAAAAAAGGGAAAAACUCUCGAACUUGGAAAUAAUUUCAAAUUUUCGGAAAACCCCAAAAAUAUAUGACAGUGUUGCAAGACAGCCCAAAAUCCAAUAUUUCGGUGUGCAAAAAGUAAAAUUUUUGAAAAAGGCGCAAGCGAAAAGUCACAGAUCAGUCAACAAACAACAAGAACAACCAGCAACAACAAAAACAACAGCAAGCUAACAACAACAAGAACAGCAACUGCAACAAACAACAAUCCAAAAUCGACGAAGACGACGGCCCCCGACAAAAUUCAAUUGGAAAAUUGAAACUUAUGGAUUGCUGGACGGGUAACGCCCGACUGGCGAGUGUUUUAGUUUAAGCAGCGUAAGCUGUCACCGACAUGGGCAGUGAGCACUACUGCUUGAGGUGGAACAAUUACCAAUCCAACCUGUUAGGGGUGUUUAGUCAAUUACUACAAGACGGGAGCCUGGUGGACGUCACACUAGUUUGUUCAGAGGGCACAUCCAUCAGAGCCCAUAAGGUGGUCCUCUCGGCUUGUUCCUCGUACUUCCAGAGCCUGUUCCUGGAGCACCCCGAAGGACAUCUAAUUGUGAUAUUGAAGGACGUCCGUUUUGCCGAGCUGCAAACCUUAGUUGAAUUCAUGUACAAGGGCGAGGUGAACGUGCAAUAUUGUCAGUUGUCCGCGCUGCUCAAGACAGCCGAAUCCCUCAAGGUCAAGGGCCUGGCCGAGAUGACGAACCAGAACACGACGCUGCGCGAACCCGAACGGGAACCGGACCGCUUGCGUCCGCAGGGCGGCGGCGGUAGCGGCGGUUCCGCCCACAAGGCGGCCGACAGUCCGGCGGCCGCGCUCGAUGCCACAGCGGCCACACAGGCGGCGACUGCCACGGCAACGGCAACUGCCGCGGCGGCAACAUCGACCUCAACCUCAGCAACAUCUGCGGCGGCAACGGCAGCAGCGACAGCAGCAACAUCUGCGUCCACAACGGCAACGGCGGCGGCGGGGAGUAGUAAUACAACAACAACAACGGCGGCAACCACAACAGCAACCUGUGCCACAGCAGCAACAUCCACGGCAGCAACAUCCUCAUCAUCGUCGGUGACAUCAGCAGCAGCAGCAGCCGCAGCAGCAUCUGGUGUUGCGCACUCGGAAGAGGCGACCUCGUCAUCAUCGUCAACUGGCGGGCAGAAGCGGGAGGCUAGCGAUCGCAGCAGUCCCACGCCCGCCAAACGAUCGUCGCGAAUGCAUCCGGCGGACAAGGUGGAUGUGACAGAGGAUCGGGAACAGGAGCAACACCAGGCGGACGAGCUGCUGGGCGAGGAGCUGCUCGGUCGCAACUUAAAAGACGAGGAGGAGGACGAUGUGGAUGAGCUGGACGAGAACGAGGAGACGAUGCUGAGGGGUCGCGAGGAGGACGAGGACGACGAGGAUGAGGAGGAGGACACGCCCAUCCCGUUGGAUCUCUAUCAAAGACCAAAUGUCGAGCCCAAAAGCGCCGCAGCAGCAACAGCAGCGCAGCAGGGCGGCAGCAACAGCCUCAGCGGUAGCAGCAACGCUUGCCACACCAACAGCAGCAGCAACAGCAAUAAUAACAAUAACAACAACAACUCCAGCAGCAACAACAACAACACUAGUAGUGGGAAAACCUCAGCGGCCAGCAAUGGCGGCACAGCGACAUCCGGCGGCACAGCGGACUCCGUGGUUGCGGUGGAUGACGAUGAUGACGACGACGAUGGUGGCCAUCAUCAUCAGCGACAGGUGAUGGACGAUCGAUUGGAGCAGGAUGUGGACGAGGAGGAUCUGGACGACGAUGUCGUGGUGGUGGGCCCCGCCACCGCGAUGGCCAGGGGCAUUGCCCAGCGGCUGGCCCAUCACAACCUGCACCGUCUCCAUCACACGCACCACCAUGCUCAGCACCAGCAUCCGCAGCAGCACCACCAGCAUCCGCAGCACCACCAUCCGCCGCACCACCAGCAGCACCAUACGCACUCGGAUGACGAGGAUGCCAUGCCCGUGAUUGCCAAGAGUGAGAUCCUCGACGAUGACUACGACGAUGAGAUGGAUCUGGACGAUGACGAUGAGGCGGACAACAGCAGCAACGAUCUGGGUCUCAACAUGAAAAUGGGCAGCGGUGCGGGCGGCGGCGGUGGCGUGGACCUGUCCACCGGCUCCACAUUGAUACCCUCGCCAUUGAUCACCCUGCCAUCCUCAUCGGCGGCGGCGGCGGCAGCUGCAGCGGCGGCGAUGGAAUCACAGCGCUCCACGCCGGCCAUGUCAGCGGCCCAGGCAGCUGGAGCGGGCGCCUCGGACCUCAGUAUUGGUGGCUCCGGCGGUCGACCGGCGUCCAGGAGCUCACGCGACGGCGGCGGCAACGAUGGCGGCAGGGGAGGAGCAUCCUCUUCCAGCCUACUGAGCCCGGGAACCGUGGCCAAUCUCCUGCCCGUGCAAUCGGUGCCAUUGAGUCUCAAGAAGGAGAUCGAUUGCAGCGAGGACGACAACAGCAGUCACAGCAGACACAUGCAACAGCGUUCGGCAUCAGCUGGCGGCGGCCUGGGCGGCGACCUUGACUACCGCGCCUCCCACGAGUCGCUGCUACGCAACUUCAGCUCCCCAAUGAGCGCCAUGGCCGCCAGUCGCUGCCCCACACCCUUCGCCUUCCCAUUCUCGCCCCUCGGCCUGAGCCUCUUCGACAUCGAUCCGUCCAGAAUUCUCAGCCUGCUGCACCACCAGACCUGGUUGGCAGAGGAGGCCCUCAGGACACGCGGUCUGCUGACGGCGCCCAAGGACUUUCCGCACCGUUUCACGACACUCAGCGACCUGCUGACCAAGGACUACCAGCCGGGUGCUGGUCAACCGAUGGUAACGGCCACAGCCACAGCGACCACAGCCUCUUCCACCAGUCAGGUGAGUGCCAGCCGAUCCGGCGACACGCAAUACAACAAGCACGGACAGCAACCGCAGCAACCUCAAACCGGUGGAGCAGCAGGAUCUGGCGUAGGUGGAGCGUCAUUCAACCUGCGUUACCCCACGCCCACCGCCUUCUACCAGCAGCAGCAGCAGGGUAAGGGUACCAAAUCGUCUCCUUCGCCCCAGCAAAUGGCCACCAGCUCCACCACAGUCAUGUCCAACGAUUCUGGGGAGGAUAGCUGCAAGCGCAGCUCGGCGGACAGCGAUGAGGUGACCAUCAUGGAGCUGCCCAGCGAACGCAGUGCCCAGCUGUACAAGGAGUCGCUGGAGCAGCUGCUGCAGCGCCAGCGUCGCACUCCCAUCCUGGCGGGCUCGGGAUCGGGCUCUGGGUCGGGUACGGGAUCGGGCAGUGUUAUUGUUGAUGCCGCCGGUCUUAGGCAGUACACCCAACUUUUGUUGGCCGGAGCCGCCUCUAGUGGUGCUUCCGAUCUGAAGGAGAAGAGCUCCUCGUCGUCCACCUCGUCCACGCCACCGCUACUUACCCAGCAGCUCAGCCAGAUGCUGAAGAGUCCCUCGGACACGUGCUCCUCGCUGUUCAGCUCGUCGGGUGGCGGCACAGGAUCGGCCGGCCCGGGAGUCACCGGCGAGACCAUCGAGGAGGAGACCCGCUGCGUGGUCUGCAAUGCCCAUUUCCCGAACGUGUGGCUGCUGGAGCAGCAUGCCGCUCUCCAACAUCCUCAUGUGGGCCCCGGCGAGGAGAAGCCCUUCAUCUGCGAGCAGUGCGGCCAAUCGUAUCGCUAUCGCAGCGCCUACGCCAAGCACAAAGAGCAGAAUCACCGUGCUCGUCUGCCAGCCGACAAGCUCUUCACCUGCGACGUGUGCGGCAUGCAGUUCCGCUACCUAAAGAGCUUCAAGAAGCAUCGCUUGAACCACGCCCUCGAGCGGCUCCAUGGGAAGAAGAGCGUGGGUGUGAUCGGACGACUGGGCGGAUCUGGUUCGGGACCCGGUUCCUCGGCGAUUUCCGUCUCGGUGGCGGCACCUGCUUCCGCCUCUGGAUCGGUGACCUCGGUGGACCAGGAUGUGGUCACCAGCUCGCAGGAGCCCAUGAUGGCCGACGAGGGCGAGGAUCUGCGCGUGAAUGUGAAACGCGAGGGUCCCGCCGAUGAGCAGAGCGCCGAGUCGCGGGCCAACGACCUCGAGGAGCACGAACAGGACAACACCGUCGACUCCGCGGGCAUCACGAUGCUCUACCAGGACAACAACUCCUCGGCCUCGGCCUCCACCAGCGCCACCGAGCCGAACAUUAGCAGCUCCGACGGCAUUCAUAGUACAAACAAGCGGUCGCGCCUGCACCACUUGGAAACGGAUCCCUCCUACCCACACCACCAUCACCACCACCACCAUCACCAUCAGCAGCAGCACCACCAGGCGCAGCAUCAGCACCACAAUCCGCAGUCGCAGCUGCCGACCCACUUGGGCCACGUUUCACUGCCACUGGUGGCCACCUCGGCCGCCGGCUCCUCAUCCUCGGCGGCUGCCGCUGCCGUUGUGGCCGCUGCCCAGGCACAGGCCAGUUCCGGCGCCACCGGAAGCGGCCCAACCGGAAGCGGUGCACCCGGUAGCGGCAGCGUUGGCUCCGCAGGCAGCUCAGCUGCGAGCGGCGGCAUCAGUUCCCUCAGCUCGCUCACCUCCCUGAUCAACGCCGAGCGCAUUCCGAACGAGCAGUUCCUGGGACUCAAUCCGCAGGAGGCCUCCAUCCUCAACUUCUUGCGUGUGGAUGCCGCCGAGCGACAGAGGGACAAGCGACCGGCCACCUCGCGAUUCGCGUGCCCCUUUUGCGGCAAGUGUGUGCGCUCCAAGGAGAAUCUGAAGUUGCAUGUGCGCAAGCACACCGGCGAACGGCCGUUCGUGUGCCUCUUCUGCGGACGUGCCUUCGGUGGCAAGUCGGACCUGACCCGCCACCUGCGGAUCCACACCGGCGAGCGGCCGUACCACUGCGAGUCCUGCGGCAAGUGCUUCGCACGGGCGGACUACCUGUCGAAGCACCUGACCACCCACAUCCACAAUGCGCCGCGCUGAGAUGAGGCGCGUAGGAGACGGCUCCUACGCAGAUAAGGAACCAGCUCCACGAUAAGACACGCUCACACUCACACACACACACACACACACGGCACAACCCACACCAACACACACACUAAAUACAGGAUAUAAUAAAGCCGAUGUGUAUAAAUCCUAUUAUUACCAGAAGCUCUACGAUUAGAUCGAUGUAACACACAUUUUUUCGCUAGAGUGUUUUUUUUUUUUUUUUUUGGUGCAAGCUAGAGAAAAACAAAAUUAAGGGCAACUAAUUAGCACGGGUAUUAAAGUGUUUAAGAUUCUGAAUAUACACCUAUCUCUCUAAAAUAUAAAUAUUAUGUGUGAGUAAGGUUUACGAUUAUAAUUACGGAUUAUAAUUAUUAUCGUAGCACAAGAUUAAGUUUUUCUACAACUAUGAUUAAGUGCAGAUGGGAACGAAAUGCGACUUGGUUCUGUGAGACAAAUUAUUUAUAAUUUCUAAUAACAAUAACAUUAACGAAACAGCCACAAACAAAUAGCAUCAGACACUGCAAUAGCAAUUAAACAAAAUAGUCUGUAUUUUCUACCGAAACAAAUGGAGUACCGCAGAUCUGCCGUUGAUAUACACAAUAGAUAAAAUAUAUUUAAUUUUACAC